GACCUGAUGAACUAAACCUAGAAAGGUGCCAGCUGGAAUGCCAACGUAACGUCUAAAGAACAAAAAAGUUGUGUUUUUAUCUUCAGCUUGUGACCCCAAUAUUCCUGAGACACCCCAAAGCCGUAUAUGGGAUAACAAUGGGUCACAUAAUCCGGAUUUACAAGGACUCAGAUUAUGAGUCCGUCAUAGACCUUUAUGUCUCUGGGGUCAUGGAAAACGCUCCAGUGGCCUUCAAGCAACUACUGGGGUUCCCAAGCACCCAACUUUUGCUGGCAGUUGGGUUUCUGCUCUCUCUUGCUGCCACCGGCUCCAUCUUGCUUCCAACCUGCAUUGUGCUCUGUGCCCUGGCCUUCCUCUGGUGGUGUUGUCGAGAUUUCUUUUGUUUUUAUGUUACCAACGCCCUUGUUACUGAUAUGAGAGAUAUCCGGAAACAUUACAUAGAAAUGGACGGGCACUGCUUCUGGGUGGCAGAGUCAGCAGGGGAAGUUGUUGGCAUGGUGGCCGCUCUCCCCUUCCUUCAUCCUGGAGGAGAGAAAUACGUGGAACUGAAGAGAAUGUCAGUGGCCAAAAGCCACCGGGGUAUGGGGAUCGCUAAAGAUCUAUGUAGGACUAGUAUUGACUUUGCCUGUAAGAGGGGGUGUGAUGGUGUCGUACUUACCACCUCCACAGGUCAGGUUGGGGGCUGGAACCUGUACGAGAAGACUGGGUUCAUCCGGACGCACUCAAGUUCUCCCCCUAAUUGGUCGACAAGACUUUCUGGAAUCAAGCUAUUACACUACCAGUACAACAUCAAAAGGGGGGGUCAGUGACUGUCCAAUGAGGGCAGCAGGAUCUUCUGGUUCAACUGCUGGACUUUGCUUAUACAGACUAGUUAUACAGUAACCCUCUAUGUUAUGGAUCAGAAAAAUACUCAGAGCCAUAAUUGUAAAUUGUUUCACCUUCAUAAUUAUAUUUUGAUGGGUCAAACAUU